GAAGCCAUUACCCUCCGGAGGCGAUUGCUGCUGUACACAUGGGCAGAGGAGUGGUUCACCGCGGCCACUUCCGAGCUGUUGGUCCUCGCGGCAGACCAGACCUUUCAAUGAGCUUCUCGUCCCUUCGGCGACAGCUUCCGUGACCUCUGCUCCCCGUGAUUCUCUCCUCCGUGAUAUGCCUGCUCCAAGAGUCCCAUGAGAGCGAGAGAGUAACUUUCUGGUGCCAGUGCCCUGCUUUCGUUCAGGCAAAUUUACUAUCAUUCUCGCAGGAUGGCAGCUCUUGGUCUGUCUCCCACAUCUGCUAUGUCCAACCAGGAGCCUGCCUAUGUCCAUGAGUCAGAAAUUCCUCUUUCUUCAAAAGACCAUUCCUGUCCCCAGGAUGUGGAGCUGUUUGCAUACAAUGGCCUGGAGCCUCAUACAUCAACCAGUGUCGGUUCCCAGGAAUCAGUGACUUUCCAGGAUGUUGCCGUGGACUUCACUGAGAAGGAGUGGCCGUUGCUGGAUUCUUCUCAGAGAAAACUGUACAAAGAUGUGAUGCUGGAGAACUAUAGCAACCUUGCCUCAGUGGGGUGUCAGGUGGGCAAACCCAGCCUCAUCUCCCACUUGGAGCAAGAAGAGGAGCUGAGGACAGAGGAGCAGGAACUUCACCAAGGCCCUUGUCCCGAUUGGGAGACUCCAUCUAAAACCAAAUGGUCAAUUCUUUUGGAAGAUAUUUUUGGGAAGGAAACAUCUAAUGGUGUGACAAUGCAGGAAAGCAGUCGGCUUGGAGAGAAAUCCAGUGAAUAUGCUAACCUGUUAGACGUCUUCAGCAUGGGUGCUCAUCUUACUCAGCAAAUGGGAAGGCACACUAGCAAGAGGCCUUAUCACCGCCGGGACUGUGGGGUGACUUUCAAGAACAGAUCCCAUGUAACCCAACAUGUGAACAUUUACAAUGGGAGGAAAAUGCAUGAAUGUCAUCAGUGCCAAAAAGCCUUCACCACGAGUGCUUCCCUUACACGGCACAGGAGAAUACACACUGGGGAGAAACCCUAUGAGUGCAAUGCCUGUGGAAAAGCUUUCAAUGACCCCUCAGCUCUUAGGAGUCAUGCAAGAACUCACCUCACAGAGAAGCCCUUUGACUGCAGUCAGUGUGGAAAUGGAUUCCGAACCCUCUCCUCACUGAAGAUACACAUGAGAGUUCACACUGGGGAGAGACCUUACAAGUGUGAUGAAUGUGGGAAGGCAUACGGCAGGAGCUGCCAUCUCAUUGCACACAGAAGAACACACACUGGAGAGAGACCCUAUGAAUGUCACGACUGUGGGAAAGCUUUCCAGCAUCCCUCACAUCUCAAAGAGCACGUCAGGAACCACACUGGAGAGAAACCCUACGAAUGCACACAGUGUGGAAAAGCCUUCCGAUGGAAGUCCAACUUUAACUUGCACAAGAAGAACCACAUGGUAGAGAAAACAUAUGAGUGUAAAGAGUGCGGUAAAUCCUUUGGGGACCUCCUGUCACGGAGAAAACACAUGAGAAUUCACAUUGUAAAGAAACCUGUUGAAUGUAGACAGUGCGGGAAAGCCUUCAGAAACCAGUCCAUCCUUAAGACACACAUGAAUUCCCACACUGGAGAGAAACCAUAUGGGUGCGAUCUCUGCGGGAAAGCCUUCAGUGCAAGCUCCAACCUAACUGCUCACAGAAAAAUACACACUCAAGAGAGGCGCUACGAGUGUGCCGCCUGCGGUAAGGUCUUUGGUGAUUAUUUAUCGCGGAGGAGGCACAUGAGCAUUCAUCUCGUAAAGAAGCGUGUCGAAUGCAGACAGUGUGGGAAAGCCUUCAGAAACCAGUCGACCCUUAAGACACACAUGAGGAGUCACACAGGAGAGAAGCCUUACGAGUGUGAUCACUGUGGGAAAGCCUUUAGCAUCGGCUCGAACCUUAAUGUGCACCGGAGGAUACACACCGGGGAGAAGCCCUACGAGUGCCUGGCCUGUGGGAAAGCCUUCAGUGAUCACUCGUCCCUCAGGAGUCACGUGAAGACGCACCGGGGAGAGAAGCUCUUCACGUCGUCGUCAGUGUGGAAAAGGCUCCAGUGACACAUCUCUUCAAAGAGAAACACGAGAGCGCAGGCUGGAAGGGAACCUGGCAGGUGUAAGGAAGGCAGGAAGCCUUGAUGAACUCAUCUCACUGGGCACAA